UAAAUAAUUGGCGAAGAUAGUGACGCGUAAAUCAACGUAAGAUUGGAUAAUACAAACAGUAAUUCAGUUCAAUCCGAACGUUCUGUUUUGUGCGACCAAAUGGCAACCGUAGAAUUUCUUCAAGCUCAGGUGGCUUCGUUGGAAAAGAAGCUGGCUCAGUAUGAACAGAAAGAAGGUCCAACUCGACAAAAAAUCGAACAAAUGAGUUCCGAGGUAGUCGACUCUAAUCCAUACAGUCGUCUUAUGGCUCUUAAGCGAAUGGGUAUUGUGGAUAACUACGAGGCAAUUCGAAGUUACACGGUCGUCGUUGCAGGCGUUGGGGGAGUUGGUAGCGUAACUGCAGAAAUGCUCACCAGAUGUGGUAUCGGAAAGCUAAUCCUGUUCGACUACGACAGAGUAGAGAUGGCAAAUAUGAACCGGUUGUUCUUCCAACCAUAUCAAGCUGGAAUGUCGAAGGUAGACGCAGCUGCCCGAACUCUCCAGUCGAUUAACCCUGAUGUGGUAAUAAAGACUCACAACUAUAAUAUCACAACAGUCGACAACUUUAAUCAUUUCAUGGAAGUCCUGCGAACCGGCGGACUUGUUGAGGGAAAGCCCGUUGACCUUGUACUCAGUUGCGUAGACAAUUUUGAAGCCCGAAUGGCCAUUAACACUGCUUGCAAUGAAUUAGGUCAAACAUGGAUGGAAAGUGGAGUUUCCGAGAAUGCGGUAUCUGGCCACAUUCAGUUGGUAAUUCCGGGCGAAACUGCUUGUUUUGCCUGUGCGCCUCCGCUUGUCGUGGCUGCCCAGAUCGACGAGAAAACACUUAAGCGGGAAGGAGUUUGUGCCGCGAGUUUACCGACGACGAUGGGUAUUGUCGCAGGAAUGCUUGUUCAGAACACUCUCAAAUUUCUUCUCAAGUUCGGAACAGUAUCACAUUAUCUGGGCUAUAAUGCCCUUCAAGAUUUCUUCCCAACGAUGGCGAUGAAGGCCAAUCCGCAUUGCGACGAUUCGUUCUGCAGGAGCCGCCAGCGAGACUACGAGAAAAGUAAUCGUGACGAUAAACAAACUCAGGCGGCGUCAGCUCCAACUGAGCAGGAGGUUAUUGUCCAUGAGAACAACGAAUGGGGUAUCUGUUUGGUUGAUGAAGAUGUUGAGGACAAACAGGAAGAUGCCACUGCCCCACAGCUCACACAAGGUGUCCAACUCGCUUACACGGUUCCGAAGCAACAACAUGAGACGUCAACGAGCGCCAGCAGCUUCGGCAAUGAGGUGGCCGUCUCGGAUGACACGAGCCUCGACGAGCUAAUGAAGCAAAUGAAGUCCCUCUAAUUAGAUUAGGCGAGAUAAUAUGCACUUAUAAUUUUUGCUUUGUUUAGACAAAACAAUAAAGCAAUAUUUUAUUUUGAAGUACUUUUUUAUGGAAAAAAAAUUAUAACGAAGGAUAUGGCAUUCAUAUUCAUGUCUCAAGGAAUGACAACAAUCAAUGUCUUUUAAGACCUUUUCCUACACACGGGUGUGCAUGUGGCUCUCCAGAGCUUUCAAUAUAGACAUUCAUCUGGCGAUGAAUGUCUAUAUUGAAAUUACAACAAACAAUCCACCUUCAAAGAUAAAUGGUCGCUUUCGCGUUGACGACUGCUGUAAUAUUACUGCGCUGAAUCAUCAAAGGGACAAAAUUGUCUAUACAAAAACGUGGAUUGACUACGCGCAUAAAUAAGCUAUAAUGGUACUCCAAUCUAUAUAUUCAUUUUUAAUUGCGUUAUCAGAUCAUCUGUGUUUAGUACCCAAUGGAAUGAAAUUAAAAAAAUACUUUUAAGAAGACUCAGUACUA